UUAAAAAAAAUAGGUAUUAAAUUAAAGCAUAAGGAGAGACAGAACUGUUUAAUAGCCAUACAAAAAUCUACCUGGUGUCAAGUGGAGCAGAAGAGCUCAGCUGCCAGCAAAAGCAGGUGCUCCAGGACUGACAGAAGACCACUAGUUAAUAUGGAGAAAACUAUGCUGCUCUACACAUCCUUUAAAGUUGUCCUGGUUCUGUUAUCAAUUACGGGUUAUUCUAGCUGUCUGCCUUUGAAUGAAGAUUCUAUUUGUACUGCAGAGGAACUUGCUAAGUAUAGCAUAGUAUUUACAGGGAAAUGGAGUCAGGCUUCAUUCCCUAAACAAUAUCCCCUUUACAGGCCUCCUGCUCAGUGGUCCUCACUGCUAGGAGUGACUCACAGUUCUGAUUACCACAUGUGGAAAAAGCAAGAACAUGCCAGUAACGGAGUGAGAGACUUUGCUGAAAAAGGUGAAGCCUGGUCAUUAAUGAAAGAAAUUGAAGCAGCUGGAGAAAAAAUUCAAAGUGUGCAUGGAAUCUUUUCUGCUCCUUCUAUUUCAAUUGGUACAGGGCAAAGCUCAACUGAAUUAGAAGCACAUUCAAGGCACCCUUUGGUUUCCUUUACGGUAAGAAUUGUGCCAAGCCCUGACUGGUUUGUGGGAAUAAAUUCUUUAAACCUGUGUGAAGGAAAACGUUGGAAGCAAACUGUAUCUGUAGAUCUACACCCUUAUGAUGCUGGGACAGACAGCGGAUUCACAUUCUCAUCACCAAAUUUUGCUACAAUUCCACAGGGCACCAUUACAGAGAUCACUUCCUCUUCACCAAAUCAUCCAGCAAACUCAUUUUUCUAUCCCCGGCUUAAGAGUCUGCCACCCAUUGCAAAAGUAACAUUUACUAAACUUAAAGGCAAACAUAUGUCUUUCCUUGAUAUAACAUCAAAUGUCACCACUACUGGGAACGAGAUUGAAAACAGUUGGUCAGAAACACCACUGGACUGUGAAGUUUCAGUUUGGUCAUCCUGGGGUCUCUGUAAAGGCAGCUGUGGGAAAAAAGGUGUUAAAAGCAGAACUCGAUAUGUCCGUAUGAAACCAGCUAACAAUGGAACUGCUUGUCCAGCACUUGAAGAACAAAAAGAAUGUGAACCAGAAAAUUGUGUAUAGUUAAACUAUUGAUUCCAGAAAAUUAAAAUUCAGGGUCCAUGUGUGUAUGUAUAUGUGUAAAUAUAUAUAUAUAUAUAUAUAUAUAUAUAUAUAUAUAUAUAUAUAUAUAUAUAUAUGUGUAUAUAUAUAUACACACAUAUACAUAUACACACAUACAUAAUGUUAUUGCCAAGAUUAAACGGUUUUCCAGAUA